AAUAUUUUAAAACAUUGUUUUGAAAGGGAAGUCAGUGUUAAGAGUAUUUUAACAAAAUAAAACAUGUCCUAAGAAAAAAAUUUUAAAACACUUCAAUUAAUUUUUGUACCAUCAACCAAAUUGCAACUAAUUUUUGUACAACGUUUUGAAGUUCAACCUUAAUAUUUAUAAUCAAUCUUUUGAGUUUUUGUAAAACAUUUGAAAGUUAAACCAACGACUUCCCAUUCUUCUUUCUUCAUCCAAUUUGUUUUUUUGCUUUUCAAUUUCUCAAAUCUGUGUUUCUCAUCAUUUCCACUCUUUGUUUUCUGGUUUUCAUAUAGAGAAAGAGAGAGCCUAUCAACAAAAAUGGCCGAAUCUGUUGCCUCUGCUGCUGUCGAAAAUGUCACAAACCAGGCAAUGGCAUACGCAUCACUCUAUCUCCGUUACUUUUUCUGUCAUGGAGAGAUUGUUCAAGAUUUCAGGAAUCAACGAGAAACACUUGAAUCGAAGAUACAGAGGGUGGAAAUUUGUGUCGAUGGGGCUAAAAGGCAAAAUGAAGUCAUCUAUAAGGACGUUGAGAAAUGGCUUACAAGGGCUGAGAACGAACUGAAAGAAACCCAGAACUUGCAAGAUGAAAUAGAUCGCGUCAAAUGUUUCAAAUGGUGUCCUAAAUGGGGCUGGGGCUGGCGAUAUUGCUUAAGUAAGAAACUGGCCGAGAAGACCCCUAUUAUCUCUGAACUUUUAGAGACUUCUAACUUUGCACGGGUGGGCUAUCGUCGUUCUCUUCAAGGAAUAGAGUUCAUCACAUCCACGGGUUUCAUGGACUCUAAAUCUUCAAAAUCAGCUUUGAACCAGAUCAUGGAAGCUAUAAAUGCUGUCAACAUGAUCGGACUGCACGGAAUGCCAGGAGUUGGUAAAACAACUUUAGCCAAAGAAGUUGGGAAGCACGCUCGAGAACAAAAGCUCUUUGAUAAAGUUGUAAUGUUUACUAUGUCCCAAAAUCCAAACAUCAUAACAAUUCAAGAUAAAGUUGCAGAGAUGUUUGGUUUAAAUUUUCGAACAAAUACCGAAGAAGGACGAGCAGAAGAGUUAUGGUGGAGAUUGAAAGUUGAGAAGCACAUCCUUUGUUAGAAUUAAGUGACCCAAAUUCUUAUUUAAAUAAAAUACGAUGGAAAAUAAAAUAAAAGUAAAAUCCAUAUAGAACUAGACUUCUUUUAUUUUAUUUUAGAAUAAGGUUUUAAACCUUAUUAAACUCCAUCUAUUUUAUAUUGAUUAGGAUAAGGUGUUUCAAUCCUACUAGAAUAUGGCUUUGCAAGCCUAUAAAUAGACACAGUCUAUUCCUCUUGUAUUUUGAGUAAAAUUUUUCGACAUAGUGAAUUUUCUUCUCCUCUGCCCGUGGUUUUUUUCCCGAAAGGGUUUCCACGUAAAA